AUGGCCGACGACUUGGCCGACGCGAGCAAAGGCUUUGACGCUCUCUUCAAUGACUCCAUUGAUGCUGCCCGUGAAAUAUUCAAGGCGAAGGACUCGCCCUUCCACCAACUCGGCUUUGCUGCACUCUCCUUCCUAGAAGCCGCGUUGGGGUUCGAGACUGACAGGAUGGCCGAUGCUAUAAAGCUAUUAGCUGAUGCUGAGGCUGCUGCACGCAAACAGGCCAAAGCUACCAAGGGUUCCGUUUCAACCGGCCGUUUCCCCGGCGGAACAGAGUGGGAGCUCUUGCAUGCCGACGCAACGAUCCUUCUCGGACUGACCCAUGCGCUGAGUGAAUCGUACAUGGGCUAUGUUCAAUGCUUGUACGCGGUGAACAACGCCCAUUCCAAAUUCGCAAAAUUAUGGAAGAUCGUGUUCCCAAACGGUAUCGCAGACUUGCAUACACCUGCCAUAUCGCGCAAGGGCUCCAAGUCCUCGCUCGCGACGCAAAAUAGUACUGAUGCCAGCAAGAAUGGCCAUCCACCCGCGACAAUGCCUAGCCCGAUCACUGCGCCGCCGAAGAAAGGCGGGCUUUUCCGCGGAUGGAGCACCCUUACCGCUUCUCCACGAGGUAGCGGGACGACGACACCUGUAUCAUUGGAAGAUGGCCCAACCGAGGAGCUAAUCGUUUCGGGGACUGCGUUCGGCUAUGGCGUUUUUCAACUGGUAUUGUCGCUGUUACCAUCUGCAGUGAAACGCGUAGUUGGCUUCUUUGGCCUUUCGCAUGACCGCAAGCUAGCGCUACGCGCUCUGUCCAUCUCUGCGAGCAAAUCAGAUGUGCAUGCGGUAUUUGCUGGCCUCACCUUAAUGACCUAUCACGGAGUGGUGCUACUCAGUGCCGGGUUCCAAGCUGACGAAGCGCAUAUUCUGACACAGUAUCGCUCUAUCUGUCACAAGCUGGAGCAGCGUUACCCCAACGGGUCGCUCUGGAUGCUGAACCGGGCCAAAAUUCUGCGAAUGGAAGGAAACGGAGAAGAGGCGAUGCGGGUACUACGAGAUGGCCUGGGACCCAAUCGCUCAAAAAGUUUCCAACAAGCAGAGUCGUUGCUCGUCUUCGAGCUCGCGUGGAUACUGCUGUCACACCGCGAAUAUAUUGAGGCGGCAAAGCAAUUCCUAUACAUCACGGAGAUCAACACCUGGAGUCAUGCUACAUACUUCUUCCUCGCCGCCGGUUGCUACUGGCGCGUGGGAGAUUAUAAAGAAGCACAACGUCUACUAGACGCUGUCCCGGCAGCCAUCGACAAACGCAAAAUCGGCGGGAAGGACUUGCCGUUCGAGGUCUUCAUCAAGAAGAAGCUGGCGUUUUGGAAGGCCAAGCAGCUGAGACUCACCGGCAGCGAGGAUGAUUAUGUUAUGGCUAUCUCAGUCAACCCCGCAGAAGAAAUGGGCAUCUUCUGGAAUAACCACCAACGAAUCCCUGCUACCGUCGCCGAAGCACACAUCCACGAGUUCCUCGCACUCACCCCGGCCUCCACUGUCCCCACGCCGUACGCAACUAACUCCGCCCCACCACAACCACCUUUCCCAACUCAACCUCCUCCCCUUGAUACGGCCGAUGAACUCGCUCUCCGAGAGCUUCUACUUGGCAUCACCCACCGAACAGCUGGUAUCUUCCCAAUUGCUCGCGCAUACCUAGAGGCAGCAUUUGCUCGCCAGUCGACACUCGUCGUGAACACUUGGAUCGGCGGUGUGGCGUGCUUUGAGCUCGCGGUGCUCGAACUCCACGACGCUGAGGCACACAACGACUCCACGGGGCCGAAGUCGAAGGAACAUUGGGCGACUGCGCUCAAGAAGGCCGAGAAGCGCGUCGCGCAAGCCAGCUCGUUAUCCGGGAGCGAGAUUGAUCUAAGCUCCCGGCUGGAGAGCCGCAUUGCGAUGUUGAAGGACGAGAUGGCGCUGAAGCAUGAGUUGCUCGGUUUGUAG